AUGGAUCACCCGGGCCCUCAGCCCAGGACGGGGUUUCAAAGAGUCCAAUCAAAGUCCACGCGCAAUGUUAUAUUCGGCCCAUUCAAGAACCUGAUUGAGCAAAAGUAUGUUAUCGAGGGUUGUCCCUUGAAAGAGAUAAUAGAACACAUCAGGACCAAGUACGGGGUCGUUCAGUCGCCUAAACAGUACAAAAGCCAGUUGAAGACUUGGGGGUUCAGACACAAACUCACACUACAAGAUGCUGCCUUCAUUCUGAGGCUACUGAACCAAGCCAAGGCACGAGGUUUGGACGAAGUCGUCCUCUUCUCGACCCAUCCUCGACGGCGAGAAGACAUUACCAAGUACAUUCAAAGAAAUGUCAAGCUGGCCGAUGAGAACGACUUACUCUCAUAUAUCUCAAAUGACGACGAAACCCCCCAUUAUAUCAAAUUGCCAGAUCACCCAAUCGAGCAACCCAGAGCAACCUCUUCGCAUUUGCCGCCCACUCCUCCAUCAGGAGAUUCAUCAGGGUCGCUGGAUCCACCCCCAGGCUGCGCUGAAGUACCUCCAAUGAAAGUCCCAAUUCCUUCUCCUGAGUCGAGCCCUCGAUAUCCUGAUGUACGCUCGAGUCACCAGGGCAACGGGGCCAGAUGGUCGACAUCGACCGCUGCUUCUGAACCGGUGUUUAUAGAUCUGGACCAAACUCAGGAGCAGUUGGCAGCGCAAGAGACAAUUUCCGGGAGGCAACCCGCAGUUCCCGACAUUGUCGGGCCUUUCUGGCCUUCUCAACAAAGGAUAGACCAAUCUAUAUGGUGGCCACAGCGGCAGGACGAAGAAUCGACCACACACUGGCCAGCAGAUCUCACCAAUGCACUACUCUCCGUCACGCCCGCCGCAUUAGGCAACCUCGGCUUCGACAUGAAUAGGUUUGGCGACCACACCCUCAGCCAGCAACUCAACGAUGGAAGUUCGUCCGCACAAUUUGUGACGUACUGCCUUUUCUGGUUGAUCUGCGUCGGCCAGGACGAUGACGGUCUCCAAAAGGAGGCAGAGUACUAUCAGAACUCGGCCAUGUUCUCGUUCCUGUGCAUGCUCAAAGAUCUGAGCUCCCCAGGAGAAGAUUGUCUAGGCGCGCUGAGUGUCGUGACGGUCUUGUUUGACUGCUACGGCCAGACGCAAAGGUUGCUAGAUUUGCUGACGAAAUGUGAUGAGGUGACCAAGAACCACCUUGGCGUCCACAACCCUCUGACGGUGACUAUCGCGUUCAAGAAGAACAUGCUCCAGCGCAGUGGAGGAAGUAGCCCCCCGCAUGACAUUGUCCAACUAAGGGACAUUUAUCUUCAAAUGCGAUCGCUCUUCCCCAAAUCCCCAGGCCCGGCCUUGACGGCCAGGUACAACCUAGCCUGGGCUAUGCUCGAGAACGAGAUGAAAAAAGAUGUCAAAGACUGCGAGCCCGCUCGACGGGAGCUCCAGGAACUCACCGCGCAAUUCGAACUUCACUUUGGCAAUGAUCGCAUCGAGACCAUCAUGGCAGCCGCCACGUGGGCAAGAGCCACGUUCUACUGUGGGGACAUCGAGAAAGCCGAAAGGAUCCUCGGGCACAUCGUCUGCCCUCGCGUGAGGAAGAAUUUCCCAGAAGACCAUCCAUACACUUGGGAAGCCAAGCACCGACAGGCCUUUUUCCUGCUUCAGCUGGCCAAAAAGGACCGUGACAACUCCGCGGGUAGGAGAUGGUUUCAAUUCCAGCAAGCCGAGCAACUCCUUCGACAGGUCGUUCGGGAUCGACACCGCAUCUUGGGUGAAUCGAACCCAAAAUCGGUUCAAUCUUUCCAUCUCCUUUGGACUGUUCUGCAGGAACAAGGCAAGGUCGAUGAGGCAAAUUCCCUAUGGGAAUGGUGUACGAGUGAGUGA